AUGGCUGGACUUCCCCUGCCCUCUCCCCUGGACUCCCCCUGGACUCCCCCUGCCCUCUCCCAUGGACUCCCCCUGCCCUCUCCCUGGACUCCCCCUGCCCUCUCCCUGGACUCUCCCUGCCCUCUCCCUGGACUCUCCCUGGACUCCCCCUGCCCUCUCCCUGGACUCUCCCAUGGACUCCCCCUGGACUCUCCCAUGGACUCCCCCUGCCCUCUCCCUGGACUCCCCCUGCCCUCUCCCUGGACUCCCCCUGCCCUCUCCCUGGACUCCCCCUGCCCUCUCCCUGGACUCCCCCUGCCCUCUCCCUGGACUCCCCCUGCCCUCUCCCUGGACUCCCCCUGCCCUCUCCCUGGACUCCCCCUGCCCUCUCCCUGGACUCCCCCUGCCCUCUCCCUGGACUCCCCCUGCCCUCUCCCUGGACUCCCCCUGCCCUCUCCCUGGACUCCCCCUGCCCUCUCCCUGGACUCCCCAUGCCCUCUCCCUGGACUCCCCAUGCCCUCUCCCUGGACUCCCCAUGCCCUCUCCCUGGACUCCCCAUGCCCUCUCCCUGGACUCCCCAUGCCCUCUCCCUGGACUCCCCAUGCCCUCUCCCUGGACUCCCCAUGCCCUCUCCCUGGACUCCCCAUGCCCUCUCCCUGGACUCCCCAUGCCCUCUCCCUGGACUCCCCCUGCCCUCUCCCUGGACUCCCCCUGCCCUCUCCCUGGACUCCCCCUGCCCUCUCCCUGGACUCCCCCUGCCCUCUCCCUGGACUCCCCCUGCCCUCUCCCUGGACUCCCCCUGCCCUCUCCCUGGACUCCCCCUGGAUUCCCCCAGCACACAGAGACUCACAGCAGAGUACGUGA